GCGACCAACUUGGGAUAGGAGGCCAGUCACUAACGUUAGCCCCUUUAGCUACACAGACUAGCUACUUGCUAGCCGGCGGCUAACGAGCGAGCCAAAACAUCAGUUUGUCUUAAUGCCGCCUGUCCUAUUAAGUCAUGGCAAGAGAACAGUUCUCACAAAUUGAAUGCGAACUAUAUUACCUAAUUGCCAGGUUUCUGCAGUCUGGACCUUGUCAAAAAGCAGCACAGGUUCUGGUCGAGGAGCUGGAGGAGUAUGAGUUGAUCCCACAACGAUGGAGUUGGGGCGGAAAUAAAUAUAAACGGACCUUCCAAGAUUGGGUGGUUUUGAAUGCACACAUUCCUGCCGACUAUCUUCUUCGUCUUUGUAAACGUAUAGGCCCACUUGUAGAGAAGGAGAUCCCUCCUAGUGUUCCAGGAGUCCAAACACUUCUGGGCCUGGGAAGACAGUCUUUGCUUCGUACCACCAAAAGUUGUAGUCACCAAGUAUGCAGUGGUUCAGCUGUUGCUGCACUACACAGGGGGCGUCCCCCGGAACCCCCAGUCACCAAUGGUUAUUCUACCAAUGUUGUGUCCAUCAUGGGUGCUCGUCGGACCACUGGUGCCGUUCGUUUUGGCCAGGUCCUGCCAUGUUCCUCCUACCAACACAUGAAGAUACACAAACGUAUCCUUGGCCACCUUUCUUCAGUUUUCUGCGUCGCCUUUGACCGCACCGGCCGUCGAAUAUUUACGGGUUCAGAUGACUGCCUUGUAAAAAUCUGGGCCACAGAUGACGGGCGACUUCUUUCAACGCUCCGCGGCCACUCAGCAGAGAUCUGCGAUAUGGCUGUCAACUACGAGAACACACUCAUUGCUUCGGCCAGCUGUGACAAAAUCAUCCGAGUGUGGUGCCUGCGGACCUGUGCGCCCAUUACGGUGCUUCAAGCGCACGCUGCCUCCAUCACAUCCAUUCAGUUCUGUCCUUCUGCCAAGGGAACGACACGAUACCUGGCCUCUACAGGUGCAGAUGGCAUGGUGUGCUUCUGGAAGUGGUACUCUCUUAGCAUGAAAUUUGAUGAUCAGCCUGUCAAAUUUGUUGAGCGAUCACGUCCAGGUGUGCAGGUCUCCACUUCCUCCUUCAGUUCUGGUGGAAUGUUCAUGGCGACGGGUGGUAGCGAUCACAUGGUCAGGGUGUACUACCUUGGUGCUGAAACUCCAAUGAAGGUGUCAGAGUUGGAUGCUCAUACAGAUAAAGUUGUGGUUGUCCAGUUUUGCAGUACCAGUGACAGUCUCAGGUUUGUGAGUGGCAGUCGUGAUGGCACAGCCAGGAUCUGGCAUUACCAACAACAAGAGUGGAAGAGCAUCGCUUUGGACAUGGCUACCAGGCUUCCAGGGAGUUCUGUCGUCAAUGGAGACGAUAAAAUCAAGCUGGUGGUGACAAUGGUCGCUUGGGACCGCACAGACCAGGUCCUCAUCACAGCAGUGUCAAACUAUCAGCUCAAAGUGUGGAACACAACUACCGGAGAGCUGCUGCAUGUUUUAUCUGGUCACGAUGAUGAGGUGUUUGUGCUAGAGGCGCAUCCAUUUGACUCCCGCAUCAUGUUGUCAGCUGGCCAUGAUGGAAACGUUUAUAUCUGGGAUGUGACCAAGGGAGUUAAGAUUCGCAACUUCUUCAACAUGAUUGAAGGCCAAGGUCAUGGAGCUAUUUAUGAUUGCAAAUUCUCAGCCGAUGGGCAGCAUUUUGCCUGCACUGACUCACACGGCCAUUUACUCAUCCUCGGCUUCGGUUGUAGCACUCCAUAUGAGAAGAUUCCCGAACAGAUGUUCUUCCACACGGAUUACCGGCCUCUUAUCCGUGACUCCAACAACUACGUCCUGGAUGAGCAGACACAGCAGGCCCCGCACCUCAUGCCUCCGCCCUUCCUGGUGGAUGUCGAUGGGAAUCCCCACCCUACACGCUAUCAGCGCCUGGUGCCUGGAAGAGAAACCUGCAAGGACGAUCAGCUUAUACCUCAACUUGGAUACAUGGCUAACAGUGAGGGGGAGUUGGUUGAGCAGGUUCUCGGCCAACAAACUGCAGAAAAUGGGGAAAACAUUUUGGAUAAUCUCAUCAGACAGUUGCAGAACGAGCAGGAUGAGCGUCAGAAUGCAGAACGGCAGGCUGAUGAAGCAGAGGGUGAUGCAAUAGAGGUGGUUGCCUCCUCUCCAACUGUGGGUCCUCGCAGGAGUGGGCAGGUGGAUGGCGUGUGGCAAAUGCAGCAUAAUUCCCUGCGUAGUCAAGUGGCCACCGAGCGAGACCUGCUGGCCUGGAGCCGCAGGGUCGUGGUCAAUGAGGUGCCACAAGGAAUAUUCAAAGUUAUGGAGGAAAGCAGACAAGCCAAGAGUGACAUGGAAUGUUUUUUGUACAACGCAGAGAGGAGGAAAAAAACAGUAUCUUGUCCACCCAAGACGCAGCCCUUGACAACACGGCUACGCUCCCUGCGGCCGACAAAGAAAAAGCCGAAGCACCACACAUAUCAGACUCGCUCAGCUCAAAUCCGCCAUCCACAGAACAGGAGUGGCCGUGAACGUAUUUCUGACAGCCAUGUAGACUCCGACAGUGAGAGAGACGCAGCAGACCAAGCAGUGGCCAGCGAUGCUUCCUCUGACAGUGAAGCUCGGUGGCAAAGCGAAAGUAGCUCCAGUGACUCCUCCAGCGAGUACUCAGAUUGGACUGCCGAUGCAGGGAUCAACCUGCAGCCCCCGAAACGAUCAAGCAGGAGGCUCGUCCAGCCCUCAUGUUACAGCAGUUCUGAGGAAGAGGAAGAAGGUGAUGACAAGGCAAAAGAUGAGAAAAAGGAAAGAGAGGAGAAAAAGAAAAAGCCCAAAGAGACCAAACAGAAACCCACAACGUCUCUGGGCGGACUUGACGCGGAGGCGUGGCUUCCAACUUCAUGGAUCAUGGAGACCAUCCCACAUCGCUCUCCUUUUGUCCCACAAAUGGGAGAUGAGCUCAUCUACUUCAAGCAGGGCCAUCAGGCCUACGUCCGAGCGGUCCGCAGGGCCAAAGCCUACAGCAUCAACCCUCAGAAGCAACCAUGGAACAAACUCAACCUCAGGGACCAGGAAUCAGUGAAGGUGGUUGGAAUUAAGUAUGAAGUGGGACCUCCCACUCUCUGCUGUCUAAAACUGGCAUUUUUGGACCCUGUCUCAGGGAAGAUGACCAACGAAUCAUUCUCCUUGAAGUACCAUGACAUGCCUGAUGUCAUAGACUUCCUGGUACUGCAACAGUUUUACAAUGAGGCUAAAGAGCACAACUGGCAACCAGGUAUGCGAUUCCGCAGCAUCAUUGAUGACGCCUGGUGGUUUGGCUUGGUGGAAGAUCAAGAGCCUUUGCAGCUGGAAUAUCCAGACAGCCUGUUUCAGUGCUUUGCAGUCAAGUGGGAUAAUGGUGAACAGGAGAAAUUGAGUCCUUGGGACAUGGAACCUAUUCCUGAGGAAGCUGCAUUACCUGACCAGGUGGGUGAUGGCGUGGGGGUGGCAGAGGAGGAGCUCCAAGCUUUGCUCUACAAGCCUCAGGAAGGAGAGUGGGGUGCUCACACGCCAGAUGAAGAAUGUGAGAGGAUCAUCCACGGCAUCGAUCAGCUGCUUACACUGGAUGUAGCCAAGCCCUUUGCGUCACCUGUAAAUCUACAACAGUAUCCUCUGUACUGCACUGUGGUGGCUUACCCCACUGACAUCAGUACGAUCCACAAACGCCUGGAGAACCGUUUCUACAGACGCAUCUCCGCUCUGAUGUGGGAGGUGCGCUACAUUGAACACAACGCCCGCACUUUCAACGAACCCCAGAGCCCAAUUGUAGCAGCAGCCAAAGCGGUGACCGAUGUUCUCCUCCGCUACAUCGGAGACCAGAGCUGCACAGACAUCUUGAAUCUUUAUCAAAAACUAAAGUCUGAGGUCAGCAGUGGAGAAGAUGAGGACGUAGAGCUGGAAGUGGAUUCCGACACCCCAGGGACAUCCACAGCACGCCGGGAAAGCAACUCAAAGAAGCGCGGUGUGGUUUUAGAUGUGACAAUGUGGCAAGGUCAAUGUCGAGAGCUGCUGCGUAAGAUGAUCUCCUCCCAUGAUUCUCAGCCGUUCAGACAGCCAGUGGAUCUCUUUGAGUAUCCGGAUUAUCGAGACAUCAUCGACACACCCAUGGAUCUGGGUACUGUGUCAGAGACACUGGUCGCCGGGAAUUAUGAGAACCCGAUAGAGUUUGCCAAAGAUGUCCGCCUUAUUUUCAGUAACUCCAAAGCAUAUACACCUAACAAGAAAUCCCAGAUCUACACCAUGACCCUCAGCUUGUCUGCCUUCUUUGAAAAGAACAUCAUUGCCAUCAUUUCUGAUUACAAGUCAGCCAUUCAAAAUGAACGGCGAACUCGUCAAAGAGAGAGUUACAGAACUAGGUUACACAAUGGAGGCAGCUCACCAACUAUGAGCUCCAAAAAGAAGCACAAGUCGGGAACCCUGUCGCAGCCCAAAAAAGCUCAGUCCUCAGUGAAGAAUCGCUCGCAGAAACCUCAUCUGGCCCAGGAAAGCAGCAAUGUAGCACAGGAGGAGGAGGACGACGUCCAGCCUUCUUCUCCCAGUUCAGAGACCAGUAGCGACAACAGAAACCAGAAGCGUCAUCGCAAAAAGCCCACCAAGAAGUCAGGAUUCAAGCUCAAGCUGCCGCAGAUGACCAUCUCAGAGCGGCGCCGCGGCCCAGACCGGCCUCAGUCUGACGACGGGGAGGGGUCCCGGUCCAACAGCUCAUCGUCCUCGUCAUCCUCUGUGUCGUCGUCAUCGUCCUCGUCUUCAUCAUCGUCUGACAGCGAGAGCAGCUCGGACGGCGAGGGGGAGAAGUACAUGGAAGGAGGAGAUCAUGAUUACAGCAAAGCGCCGUGCCUGUCGCUGCGUCUGUCUCUAAAGGGCAAGAUGGUCGUCUCAGGGAAGCGGAAACACAAAGCGGAAGAGGACAUCUCGAUGGGUGUGAAGAAAGCACGAUUGCAGCAGCCCGUACAGGAGGAAGAGGAGAACGAAGAAGAAGAAGAGGAGGAGGAAGAGGAGGAGGAAGAAGAGGAUCUGCUACAGGUAGGAAAUAUCGAACCAGAUCAGCAAGAGGAAGAGGAAGAUGAAGAUGAAGAAGAGGAGGAUGAGGAAGAGGAGGAGGAAGAAGAAGAAGAGGAGCAGCAGAGUGCAACAGGAGCAACCGUGGCUCCGCCCUCUGCCAAAGCCUCAGGGAGCUCUCGCCAGGUGAACACUCGCAACCGAGGCCGCAGGACAGUGGUGUACCAGGACGAGUCAGAGGACGAUGGUCACGGAUCCAAGGAGGACCCCCUUAACCUAGGCAGGUCUCGUUCGGGACGGGUACGUCGCAUGACGGAGAAAGCUCGCGUCAGCCACAUCAUGGGUUGGAGCCACUGAACCUCAGAAAAACACUCAACUACACUGCAGGGAUUUAUCUUCUUUUUGUACAGGUGUGUAUAGAAUAAAUAGGAAUAUAAACCAUGACGUUUUCCAUCUGAGACUGUUGAAUGGUGCUAACAUGUUGCCCAGGCGGGGUGUUUGCCUCCCUGGCUGAUAGCUGCUGGCCAUCACGGACCUCCUCCUUCACCUUGGCCUUACUGGUACCGCUCUUCCUCUUGCUUGUCAUCCUCACAGUCCAGCCUUCUUUCUGCUGCUUCUCUCUCCACCGGGCCACCAAAGAAAGGAAGCAGGGAUGAGCAGAAACAUGAUGCAUGCUAGUAUGUGAUGAUGUUUUCACUUCCUGCUUUUUCCUUCCUUCCACCUCUCGGCGUGCCAUCAACACACAAACUAGCACCAGGAAGAACUUGUAAAUAUACCAUCUUCCCCUCGGUCCCCUUUAAUGGCAUUAAUAGUUUUUUUUCUUUUUCUUUGUAAAAUGUCUGUACACUUCCAAGAUGGAUGCCUCCAUGUAGGCUUCCUCUCAAAGGGACUCUUCCACAGAGAUAUUUAUUUUUCCAUUGUGUCAUACUUGCAUUGACCGUGAAAUAUUUUGCACAUUUUUAUCUUUUCCAUGCGGCAGCUUAGUCAUGAGGAUAAUGGAGGAAAGGUGAACAUUUUUGUGUG